AUGGCAUGCCAGCACCGGCCCGAACACCAGCUUCCUCACCCCUCCCUUUCUUCCCCGAGUACGGCAGCGGAAGGAGGGCCGCGACGCCGCUCCCGAGCACGGUGGGACCACUUUCGUUUGAUCUGUCGAUUUGCCAGACUCAGGUCGACAUUGCGGCCGCUGUCCAAGGUGAGGAAGAGGAGUGCGGCGGCGGGCUCUUCGAGUCCGGGCCCUUGCUGCUCGUCUUCCUGCUCAUCAUCCAGGGCGGCGGCAUGGACCUCUCCUGCUACGGUGAGAGGCUGCUCAGCUCUGCGCGCUUCGCGCGCUCCCUCGACCUCCCCCCUCCCCGGCCCCAACCCCUUCCUGCUCGAGAAGGAAAUGGAUACUGCUGUCAUUCAGAAGGACUUGGGCCUUCCAGUUGGAGAAGCAAUAUUCGGGAAAACAAUACUUAUCCUGGGGUUCGGAGCCAUUGGCAUGGAAAUUGCCAAGAGACUAAGACCAUUUGGAGUGAAAAUUCUUGCUACAAAAAGAAACUGGUCAUCAAAUACAGUGUCUUGUGAUCUUGAUGGGCUGGUUGACAAGAAAGGUGGUCCAGAAGAUAUGUACGAACUCGUUCAAGAAGCUGACAUAGUUAUAACUUGCAUGACGUUAAACAAUGAAUCAGUUGGGAUUGUGGAUCACAAGUUCCUGUCAGCUUUGAAAAGGGUACAUGUAUUUUUCUCCAAUAUACUUGUCUGCAUCGUAGGAGAUUUACAUCUUCUCAUUUCUCAAAUCUUCUUCUGA